UGUGUCUCUGCCUGACUGAUAUAUAUAUCUGUCCCUCCAAUCUGAUUCACCUGGAAACACGCGCAGUCGACUGCAGCUAUGGAAAUAAAGCCAUUGUGUUUGGCUGUCUGUGCUGUACUCUUGGCAGUGUGUCAUGGCUGUUCUACAGGAAAGGAGUUCAUCACCACAUUUCUUCCCAACGCAAGGAGUGAUGGUCAAAAUGACCAUAGUCUCCAUGUGGUUCUGACUGCUCUGGGCUCUGAAGCCGAUGUUCACAUACAGGUGGCUUCGAUAGCGUUCAACAAGCAGCUGACCCUCUCGCCAGGUGAAAGCCGUUGGGUUUCUCUGCCUAGUGGAUCCGAGCUGCAGAGUGAAUUUGUCAAUGCCAACUCCGCGGUUCGAAUCUCCUCCAGUACCGCGAUCUCUGUGGUCUCUUUCAACCGCCGCAUCGCCACAGGAGAUGGCGCGGUGGUUUCCCCAACCAAAGAGCUGGGUACUGACUACUUUGUGUUCACACCGCCAGCACACAGCAACGGCAUGGACAGUGUGUUUGCUAUCGUCAAUGGCAAUAACCAGAACCAGAUCACCAUCAUACCUGAUGCCAAUGUAAGGCUAACAGGAGGGACCAGGUGGCAGCGGGGGACGGCGGUGACCAUUGUCCUUGCACCCUAUGCCUCCUACCUGGUAAGGAGUCGAAACUCUUUGACAGGCACACAGAUUCGCUCCCAGCAGCCUGUGGCUGUCCUGGCGGGCCACCAGUGUCUGUCGCUGGGUGGGAGGUGUGAACACGUGUAUGAACAGCUCCCCACUGUUGCAAGCCUGGGUAUGGAAUAUAUAGUACCCAGGGCCAGCAAUGGUAGGGCCACAAACUUUGCAGUGAUAGUAGCAGUUGAAGACAACACCGUGGUGACGCUGCAGAGGUCCCUGCACUCGAGCAAACAGAGGCUACAGACCGCUGGGGUCGUCACCAUUAUUAAACUGUUAUCAACAGAGUCACUGGUUGUCAAGAGUGACAAGAAAGUUAUGGUGCUUCUUCUCAGCAACAACCGGCCAUUUGACCCUUUUCUAAUAACGUUGACCCCUACCGACAAAUUUGCCACUGGUUGGGCGGUCGAGACAAUGGGUGGACUUCCCAGCACUGUUGUUAUCCUGUCAGAGAAGGAGGGGGCCGGCAGUGUGAAAGUCUGUGUAAAGGAGGGACAGUGCCACUCACCUAAGUGGCAAAACCUCUUGUCAGAUAAGAAGUGGGUGUGGUCCAACGUUGCAGUGGGGACUCUUCAGAGUCACGUGACAGUGGAAGGGGACACCCGUAUGGCAGUCUACGCCUAUGGUGGUAAACAUCGCCAUGCAUAUGGCAUUGCUGGAGUUUGUUCUGAAGAGACGCUCCUCCCUCCAACACCCACGGAUCCCUGUGAACAGGUCAAAUGUGGUAAAAAAGAAAGUUGUGUGAAGGGCAAAUGCGUCUAUGUUUCUACGGCAACAUGCCAUGCGGUCGGUGACCCCCACUACUUGACAUUUGAUGGCCGACGCUUUAAUUUCCAGGGUACCUGCAGUUACGUUAUGACAACAGUUGUGAAGACCACAUCCGACCUUCUGCCUUUCACUGUGACAACCACAAACAACCACCGUGGCAACACCCGAGUUGCAUUUGUGAGGAGCGUUACUGUCAGUGUUCAAAAACAGACCAUAGUCAUCGGCAGUCAAAGAGGACAAGUACAGGUGAAUGGAGAGCUUCAGUACUUGCCAGUCAGUUUGAUGGACGGCAAGGUCUCCAUAAAGCAGAGUGGGAUCUAUGCUUCACUCACCACAGACUUUGGGCUGAGUGUCAAGUAUGACUGGAACAUGCAACUGUACAUCACAGUGCCAUCUUCCUACUAUCAACACCUUGGAGGCCUGUGUGGAAACUACAAUGGAGACAGGAGCGACGACCUACCCGAACCAAAAGGCUCCAGUGUAUCUGCUGUGCUGAGCAUGAUCCAGAAGUGGAAGACCAAUACGUCCGACCUCUUCUGUCACGAUAACUGUGCCGGUGACUGUCCUGAGUGUUCAGACAAGCAGCAGGCCCACUUCACCCGUCCCAACUUCUGUGGGAUUCUGACAAAGACAGAUGGGCCAUUUUCAGCCUGCCACGAUAAGGUCGACCCCUCUAUGUAUCUGGACAACUGUGUGUACGAUGUCUGUGUCAACAAAGGUGCCAAACAGAUUCUCUGUGAUAACGUGAAGAGUUAUGCUGAUGCCUGCAUGUCAGAGGAUGUGAAGGUCAACCCUCAGUGGAGAAUGAUCACCAAAUGCUUACUUUCCUGUCCCAAAGGUAGCCAUUAUGAGGCCUGUGGGUCCCCCUGCCCUGCCUCCUGUGUGUCCCCGGACUCGGAGAAGCUGUGUAAAGGCCCCUGUGUGGAGGGGUGCCGGUGUGAUAAAGGACUGGUGCUAAGUGGAGACAGAUGUGUUCCUCUGAGUAGCUGCGGAUGUCAGUAUGAGGGCAGAUAUUACCCAGCAGCCUCCACUUUCUGGGGUGAUAACACUUGCACCACCAAGUGUAUAUGCCUUGGAGGGAAGGCCAAGUGCAAACCAGCCACGUGUAAGAAGACUGAGCACUGUGCCUUGGAGGGCGGAGUCAGGGACUGCUACCCGACAUCCUACGCGACAUGCCAAGGCUCUGGAGACCCCCACUACCAAAGCUUUGACGGACGGCGGUUUAAUUUCCAGGGCACUUGCACCUACAUCCUGUCUCAAGUCACCAAGGGAUUAGACCAGGACCUGGAGCCGUUUCAAGUUCUGGUCCAAAAUGAGAACAGAGGCCGUAACAAGGCUGUGGCUUUCACCAAGUCCGUCUCUCUUACCGCGUUGGGUAACCUCACUGUCAGCAUGAGUCGAGCCGAUGUGGGGAGAAUGGUGGUGAACAGCCGCCCUGUGAACCUGCCUUACUCCACUGAAGAUGGAAAGCUCUCCCUGUUCCAGCGAGGCUACUUCGGCUUUGUCACCACAAAUUUCGGACUGACGCUCAAAUUCAACUGGAACAGCCACGUCAGCUUGACUUUACCAAGUUCAUACUCUUCUGCUACUGGUGGCUUGUGUGGAAACUACAAUGGAAAACCUGGCGAUGACUUACAGAAACCUGAUGGCACCCAGACUACACAAGUGAACGCCUUUGGAGACAGCUGGAAGGCAGGAGGAGACCCUGGCUGCACCAGUGACUGUCCUGCUGGUAAAUGUCCAGAGUGUGAGCCGGCGCUGAUAUUACGUUACCAAAAGCCGCGCUACUGCGGCAUCAUCGCUGACAAGCUGGGACCGUUUGGACAGUGUCACAGUAAACUGGACCACACCUCCUACCUCACAGACUGCGUUUUUGAUUUGUGCAUGUAUCAAGGCCAUGCCUCCGCCCUGUGCAACAGCCUAUCAACUUUCAGCACCUCGUGUCAAGAGGCGGGAGCCAAAGUGGAGAGUUGGAGAACCAAACAAUUCUGUCCUCCGUCGUGUGGGGAGAACAGUCACUACGAGGUUUGUGCCCCCGCCUGCCAGCUGACCUGCAGCGGCCCGACGCCGCCAGCUGGCUGUGACGAGAAGGCGCCCUGCACAGAAGGCUGUGUGUGCGACGACGGAUUCAUGCUGAGUCACGACAAGUGUGUACCACUAGCCGAGUGUGGCUGUCAGUACGAGGGACAGUAUUAUCAAAAUGGACAGGUGUUCUACCCACAAGAGUCAUGUGACACCCGGUGUGUGUGUUCAGAGGGUGGGCAAGUACAGUGUGAUCCGAAAUUCAGCUGUUCGGCCAAUGAGGUGUGUGUUGUGAAAGGGGGCGUGGCCUCCUGUUCUCCCAAGAGCAUCGGGUCCUGUUCUGUGAGCGGGGUCAGAAACGUCAGAUCCUUUGACGGACAGGUGUCUCCUCUGUGGGGGAACUGCUUGUUCAAAUUGGCAGAGGUGGAGGAGGAGGAUGGAGGGAUGGAAGCCUUCUCUGUGUUUGUAGAGCAGCAAACCAACAAGGACGGCACAGUUUAUCGCAGUGUGGCGCUCCAGGUUUACGGCAUAGAAAUCACUAUGGAGAGUGGGGCUGUUUGGGAAAUCAAGGUUGAUGACAUCAUAGUUGCCCUUCCCGUGUCACUGGCUGACAGACGAGUGCGAGCAAAUCAAAACGGCAUCCACAUCAUAAUUGAAACUGACUUUGAUCUAAAGCUGACCUACGACAGUCUUGCGGGUGUGAUCCUACAAAUCCCAUCCACCUAUAGCGGCUUGCCACGUGGUCUCUGCGGCAACUACAACGGCAAGCCAUCCGACGACCUGCCACCCGCGGCAGGCAAGGAGCCAGGGGACCCAUCGGCAGCUUGGGCUGUAGCCAACAACAGUAGCCCUUGUGACACGAGCUGUGGCGCCGGUUCCUGCCCUAAACCAGAUGAACUGAAGGUGCCGGAAGCUAAAAAGGCCUGUGACAUCAUCAAGGCCCAGCAGGGCCCAUUUGCAGGUUGCCACUCAACAGUGUCCCCGACUCCCAACUACGAUGCGUGUGUCAGGGAGAUGUCCACAGAAAAAGGGGGCGCAGACACCUUGUGUCGUCACAUCCAGAAUUAUGUCACAGCCUGUCAACUUGCUGGCACCACGAUAAGCAAAUGGAGGAACGACUCUUUCUGUCCUAUGAAGUGUCCAGAAAGGAGUCACUAUGAGCUGUGCUCCUCUUCCUGCUCCUCCACAUGCGCCUCUCUGGAGGAGACGGGGCCCUGCCUGGCGUGCCAGGAAGGCUGCCAGUGUGACGGUGACCUCAUGUCCGAUGGAGUCCGCUGUGUUCCUGUUGAAGAAUGUGGCUGCGUGGUGGAUGGACAAUAUUACGGGGCGGGUAAAUCAAUAGUACAGGAGGACUGUUCGGAGACUUGUGUCUGCCAGUCUGGAAUCUUCAGCUGCAGCGCCACGAGCUGCAAACCGGACGAGGAAUGUCGCAACAACAACGGAACCCUCGGCUGCCUCUCCAAAGACCCUUGUGCCGAGGUUGAGUGCAGGGUGAAGGAGCACUGUGAGGUGUCAGAAGGCCAAGGAGUGUGUGUUCCUGAUUCCAAGGCCCUGUGCUGGUGUUUCGGCGAUCCGCACUACGAGACAUUCGACGGUUUCAGCUACUCCUUCCAGGGAACCUGCAGCUACGUCCUCGUCAACACCACAGGUCUUGACCCCUCCCUGCCAAAAGUAACUGUGACCACUAAGAAUGAGCUCCGAGGGAACCUCAAAGGUUCCUUUGUGCGUUCAGCCACUGUGGAGAUGUUGGGCCAUCAAAUAACCAUCCCAAACACCGGCGGCCGUGUCCUAUUGGUUGACGGUAUUAAGACGGAGCUUCCCGUGGUUCUUGAAGGAGGCAGCAUUUCCAUAACACAAUCUGGAAUUAAAGCGAUAAUCCAGACUGAUAUCGGCGUCGAAGUUACUUUUGAUUGGGUCACACUUGUCAUGGUGUCCCUCAGCAGCAGCUACUUCGGUAACGUUGCUGGACUCUGCGGAAACUACAACGGCAAAAAGAAGGAUGAACUUACAACGGCAAGCGGCCUUCCGGCUGUUAACUUGACGCAGUGGGCGGGGUCGUGGAGCAUCGAGGACCACGACCCAUUCUGCUACCAUUACUGUGAAGACAAGUGUCCUCAGUGCUCGGAGGAGGACCGCAUAAGGUACUCUGGUCCAAAGUACUGUGGGAUCUUGAGUGACAAGAAUGGGCCUUUCUCUGGUUGCCAUGGCAGCGUGCCCAUAGCCGAGAUCGUGUCGGACUGUUUGUACGACGUCUGCAUCAGUGGAGGGCAGCGAGAAGUACUGUGUGAGGCGCUGAGCAGCUACCUCGCAAAGUGCCAGGAGGCUGGGGCGUCUGUGUCGCCAUGGAGACAACUGGGCAACUGCUCUGUUCCGUGUCCAGCCCACAGCCAAUACAAGCUGUGCGGCUCGGCGUGUCCCCCCACCUGUGGCCCCCCGCCGGCCGUUUGCCCCAAAGUGUGUGUGGAAGGCUGCUUCUGUGACCCGGGAUUCGUGCUCAGUGGGAAAGAGUGUGUUGUCAAGGAGGAGGGCUGCGGCUGUAGCCGCGGCAAACGUUACUACCCGCCAGGAGCCACGUUCUGGUCCAACGCGCUGUGUGAGGAGAAAUGUGUGUGCGACGCAGCAACCCAGAAGGUGAAAUGCAAGCGGGCGGGCUGUGGACCCGGAGAGAAGUGCGGCGUGGUGAACGGAGUCCAGGGCUGUCACGCCUAAGUACGUGUUUGGUGGCGUCUCUAAAUAAAGGCUUCUUGAAGCCUUUAUUUUAUUUGCAACCAAAUGAUCGGCCAGCACUUACUGAAAUGUGUAACACAUCAUGAAUCUAUGAAAUAAGAGCAGUAAUUACUGGUGCUUUCAAAACCUUAUUUCCCUAAAAAUGUAUUCCAGGUUAUAACUUACUGUUACAACUAAAACCACUUUCUUUUUAAUUCUGCUUUAAUGUAAUCGUAUAGUAUGUAACAGGGAUUGUUGUGGGCUGUGGGUGAUAACAGUAUGUAAUGUUUGUAAAUCACUACUCACACAGUACAUUUCAGACCUAACUAAUCAAUCCUUCUGUGAUCAUUAAACACGUGUCAGCA